GCCGUACACAUAAUAAGCCCUAAAUUAAUAUAUUUAAUAAGAUGACGCAUGUGCGUUGAUCAGGCACAUCAGCCGUCAUCUCAACACCAGCACGCGCGUCUAGAUAGAGACUUGUGGAUCAGCUACGAUGACGUUUUACAAGACUCUCCUCAAACACAUCCGUCACUGGUCAGCUAACUGCCAACUGACCGGUUCUCUCGCCCUGUCCCACAAACUCCACCCCUGCAGGGGUCUGUCGACAGACGGCUCUGCUCCUCGGCCACGGAUUACUGAAGACUCAAUAGAAGUUUUCAGCCAUGUCUACCAGCGAGAUGACAUGACCAAUGUGACAGCUAAAAUCUUGUCCAAAGUUGGCUGCCAGCUUCACAACCGACCGCACCACCCCUUGUGGCUUAUUAAAGAACGCAUCAAAUACCAUUUCUACCGCUCCUACAUCGGACGCACAGGAAACCCGCUCUUCUCCGUACAUGACAACCUCAGUCCAGUGGUGACAGUGGAGCAGAACUUCGACAGUCUGCUCAUUCCUCCAGACCAUCCCAGUCGGAAAAAAGGAGAUAAUUACUACCUGAACCACACACACAUGCUGCGGGCCCAUACCUCCGCCCAUCAGAAGGAGCUGGUGCGCUCAGGUCUGGACCACUUCCUGCUGGCUGGAGAUGUGUAUAGACGAGAUGAGAUUGACUCCAACCAUUAUCCUGUCUUCCAUCAGAUGGAAGGAGUGCGGCUUUUCUCAAACCAUGAGCUGUUUGCUCGAGUGGAGAAUGGUGAGGAGCUGUCUUUGUUUGAGAGCGGUGGCCGCCGCACGCCUCAGAAACAGGAGACACACACGCUGGAGGCUGUCAAACUUGUGGAGUUCGAUCUGAAACAGGCUCUCACUCGCCUCAUGCGACACCUUUUUGGGGAAGAUUUGGAGAUCCGCUGGGUGGACUGCUACUUCCCUUUCACACAUCCCUCUUUCGAGAUGGAGGUGCGCUUCCAGGAUGAUUGGUUGGAGGUGCUGGGCUGUGGGGUGAUGGAGCAGGAACUGGUCUGCUCAGCUGGUGCUGGGAAUAAGAUGGGCUGGGCGUUUGGUCUGGGGCUGGAGAGGCUGGCCAUGGUUCUGUUCGGCAUCCCUGAUAUCCGACUUUUCUGGAGCGAGGAUGAACGCUUCCUGAAGCAGUUCCGCCUGUCUGACAUCUAUCAGCCCGUCAUCUUCCAGCCUCUCAGUAAGUACCCACCGCUCUUCAAUGACAUCUCCUUUUGGCUGCCGUCCGAAGGUUACACAGAAAACGACUUCUACGACCUGGUGCGCAGCAUCGGAGGAGACCUGGUGGAGAAGGUCACGCUGGUGGACGAGUUCACACAUCCAAAGACUAAGAGAGUGAGCCACUGUUACCGUGUCACAUAUCGUCACAUGGAGAGGACUCUGACCCAGGAAGAAGUGCGUAUCAUCCACAGAGCCAUUGAGCAGGCAGCAGAAAAAGAGCUUGGAGCGCAGGGAAGAUACUGAGCUUUCCCAACAGCCAUCAUGAGCGUCUUCCACCUUCCAUGAUGGGAUUCACAGAUGUAGUCACAUCUCUCUGUGGUGAUUAAUUAUAAUGUGGAAACUCUCAGCCACACCUACACUUAGUUAGAGACUCCAUCUGCAGUUUCUUAAGAUAACACUUAAUUUCUCUAUUUACUCACCAUUCUGUCCCUAUAGGGAGAAUUUUGCAGCAGCUUAUUUCCAAACAAAACAUAAUGAAAGGGAUAGUUCAGCUGUCAUCAUUUACUCACAUUCUUGUCAUUCCAAACCUGUAUUGACAUAAAUCUGAAGAUAUUUUUUGAAGAAAGUUGGUAACCAAUCAGUUUUGGUGAUCAUUGAUUUCCAUCGCAUUGACUUUUGACUUCCACUGUGCUCCAUACUGGUUUAAAACGGGCACAAAUGAUGACAGAAGUUUCUUUUUUUUGACAAACCAUCCCUUUAAAACUAAAUUUUUGCGAUCUGGAUGACUAUAUUU